CGCGCAUGCGCGGUAUAAAACGCCCCGCCCCGUGACUGGGUGCUGUUGGGGUGGUUAGUGGUGUGUGCAGUGAUGGGAUCGCAGGUUUCAGCUCGAACUGGCCGGGGCCGCCUGAGGAAAGAGCGGGCUUUGGACGCUGAGAGCAGUGAAGAUUUACUGGGCGACGAUAGACAGGAGGACAUUGCGCGGUUCCCUUAUGUAGAGUUCACUGGCAAGGACAGUGUCACCUGUCCGACUUGCCAAGGCACCGGCCGCAUCCCGAAAGGGCUGGUCAAUGAAUUGGUGGCCCUGAUCCCAUACAGUGACCAGAGGCUGCAGCCACAAAGAACGAAAUUGUAUGUCUUCAUAUCCAUAUUCGUGUGCUUGCUGAUAUCUGGAUUGGUUGUCUUCUUCCUGUUCCCUCGGUCAGUGGUUGUGAACGAUGAUGGAAUUAGAGUGGUCCUUGUGAAGUUUGACAACAAUAACUCCAGAGUCUUCAUUGACAUGACCAGUACCCUCAACAUUAGCAAUUCCAAUUUUUAUACAGUUUCUGUGGAUUCACUCACCUGUCAGGUCCAGUAUAUGAAAACUGUGAUUGGAACAAAGCAGCUGAGCAAUGUUUCUGUUAUACCUCCUCUGAGUGAGAAACAGGUGAACUACACUGUUCGAAUGGAGUUUAGUGGUUCUCUGACAUAUGUAUACACCUUUUGCACAAUGCCAUCAAUCAAGGUCCACAACAUUGUUGUCUUCAUGCAGACCACAGUGAAAAGCUCCUAUUUGGGACAUCCAUCGCAGAAUUCUCUGGAAGCAUACCGCUAUCUGGAUUGUGGGUCCAAUUCUACAGUAUAUAGAAGACCUCCUUUGAAACAUUGAGACCUCUAUGGUGUGAAUGGGAAUGAUGGUUCAAAGCAACUUCUUCAGUUCUUCUGGUUCCAUUAACAUGGGACUUCUCCAUUUUUAGCUGGAAAGUGACUGCAGCAAGUAGAUUUUGAAAGGAGUCUUCUGUUUCUGCACCCUCCUUCUGUUUUUUUUGUAAGGCAAGAUGGCCAUGUCCAGCAUCUUUAACAUUGUGUGCUUUUAACCAAAAAAGGUUUGAGAGCAAUGCUUUCAACCAUCCUGAGCAGCUGUUUUUUUCCAAUUAAUGUUCCUUCCUACGGCAAUACCUUUUGUUUCAAAACCUACCUCCUGUGUGCCAUGUUGUCUGUUCUCCAAAUUUCAUACAAGAGUCUCUCAGUAAUGGGACUUUUUACAACGUAAACAUGCAUACAAGUUAAUGUACUCUCAAAGCCUCACCAGACCUGUGAUGUUUUUGUCACUAUCACCCACUCUGAAUUCCACUCCCUAGUUUGCGUUAGACUAAACUUGAUUGCUUCUCCCUCCUAAGUUGUUUUUUUUUUUUAAAAAUAGACCUCUUGCACCCUGGUGCUUUCCCUUUUCAUUUACAAGGUUGUAAAUGUCCUUGGAUCUAAAAUGUAGCCAAAAGAACCUCCAGGUUAAAACAACAGGCUUAAACACACCAAGUUAGCCUAGGGGCAUUCAAUAGCUUCAACACAAGUUGAUGCAAAUGUUGGGUGUGAAUUAUUUGCACCAAUAGAUAUCUGUAAAGCUUUCACAUUUGAAUUGAGAAUCACUAACUAGGAAGUAUGUGAACAGAGGAUUGCAAGCCAAGUCAAAUGAAGGACUAAACCAAUGCAUCGCAAAUUAACACUUUAUGAUGGAGAUUUUAUAUUAAACCACCUUGAUGCAUUUUUGAAGUUGUGUAUAUUUUUACAAUGUCUGCAUUCCUACCACAGUAAUAUUCAAAACCCAAACUAUUGGUUUUACAGGUUAACUUGUUGCAUGGCUAACAAAAACACUAAUUUUUAUUAUGUAGCCUGAUGCAAGCAGCUUUCCACCCCCCCACUUCAACCCCUAAAAUUAUUAUUGAUAUUGACUGCUUCUGGUUUAGUGGUUUUUUCCUCCAGCUAUGCCACUUAUUUUCUUUUUUUUGGUGCACUGAUGUCUAUUGACUGUUCAGUGAUUUGUAUAUUUAAAUGGCCGUACCUACUUUUUGUAUGAGUGCAGAAGGUAAACACUGACAGCUGACGUCAUGUUCAGAUUACCAAAAUAGAAGGGAACGGGUCUUUGCACGGUUUGCCAAUUGCUGUGUCCCCUAAAGGUGACAUUCAUGAAUGUUUUAGCUUUCCCUAUGGGCCAAACUGAACUUCUACAAAGGGAAGACUGAAGAAAUAGGAGAAUCUCCAUAACUAGGAAAGAAUGGAUUUUAUUUUGUAAUUUAUUCUAGAUGUUUUUGUACUCCCAGGGUAUUGUAUAUGAUAAGAGACAGACAGGAUUUGUAAAAGUGGAACAAAAAACAAACACUGGAAGCUUGCUGUGAAUUGAUUUAACUCAAAAGCAAAACUGAAGUUUGCCAAGUCUAAUCUCUCGAACUAACAUGGAUAAUGCAUUUUUUGUGUUGGGAAGAUUGGAAUAUUGAUUUUGAUUUGCUGGUGUAACAUGUAAAGAAACCCUACCUUCUAUCUGUGUGCUAGGCUGUAAAAAUGUAACUAGCCAACAACUGAGUAGUUGUUCAAUAUCACAAUGUAGUAACAAAAGCAAUGGUAGGUAGGAACCCCAAAGACAAGGUUCAAAACUUGAGAUACCAAGCAAGUGACUGUCGGUAAUACUGGAGAGGGGAAAAGAGAAUGGCUUUCCUAAAAUGUAACUCCUCAUCUUUGCCCUUUUUCGGGUUCUGGUAAACGCUGUCCAGUUAAUAUCACUGAUUUCAGUUUCCUCUCUUAGCUGACAGUAUGAAAACCCCCCCCUAACAAAUUGUGUAGGCCAGUAUCAUACUUGUGAUAUGAGGAUUGUUUUUAGUUCAACAUUAAAGCUCUUGAAGCAAUCUCUCCAGCAUUUUUACAAUGCAAAGUUAAGUUGACAGUUUGAAAAUUUCAUUCACUGUUGGAGGCUGCUGCACAAGUCUUCCUUUGCCACCCUUCAUUCAAAGAAGUGAGCUAAUGCUUUAGACCCAUUGUUUCACACCAAUGGUGAAUAUGAUAGAAAGUUAACCCUAAAAUGUGCACAGGCUUGUGGUUUGAGCAAUUGGCUGUAUUAACAAGAUAUUUCUGACUUGAAACAAGACCCCAGUAAAUUGCUUCUUCUGUGCAAGUGACUUGAUUCCUAACACUUCACCAUUGGGCAAAUAUUGGAACUUCUGAGGUAGCUUUUGGACAAUCAUAUCACAGAUUUCCUGUUUCAGUGGCUGUGUUUUGAUUCUUCUGUAGAAGGGCUGUUUUUUUUAAAUCAAUUGUGUAUUGUAUACCGGAAAGAGAAAUUUAGGCCUGACCAGGCUGGAAUGUCUUGGCACUCUGAACUGAUGUGCAUUGUUUAAAUGUAAUGCUGUCAGUUAUUGAGCACUUUUUUCAAAUAAAUGUUUAUGGGACUAAUGUAUUGGCUUAUUUCAGUGGUGGUAUGAACAGUUGCUCUGGGCUUUUAAAUGUUUCUUGCUACUGUACUAUAUUGCAUUUACUAGAUUGUGAAUCUAGUACCAUGCCUUGGCUGUAUAAUCUUUUUAAAUGAGCUAUUAAAGUAACUAUCUAAG